AUGAUGGCUAAUUUCCCCUUCUUUGUAUUUGUUGGUAUGUUAGUAUUGACAUAUCUUCAAAUAAUAAUAGAUGCACAAGUUAUUGGAGUAUGCUAUGGGAUGAAUGGGAACGACUUACCAUCACCUAUAGAUGUUGUAGCUCUUUACAAAGCUAAUAACAUAACAAAAAUGAGAAGCUAUGAUCCAAUUACUGAAACACUACCUGCUCUUAAGGGAAGUGAAAUUGAAGUCAUUCUUGAUAUUCCCAAUAGCAAACUUCAAUCCUUAGGAGAUCCACAAGAGGCUGACAAUUGGGUGACUACCAAUGUUAUGAGCUAUGCCAAAGAAGUCAAAAUCAGAUAUAUAAAUGUUGGAAAUGAAAUUUCCCCUGUAAAUAAUGGAACAUCUCAAUUUGUUCCCUUCCUGCUCCCUGCCUUGACAAACGUGCAACAAUCGAUAACCAAAUCCGGUCUACAAGAUCAAGUAAAGGUCUCAACGGCUAUAGAAACCGGGCUAUUGGCUAAUACAUAUCCACCAUCUCAAUCAGCAUUUCGCGAGGACACGAUGAGUUUCAUCAAACCAAUUAUUGAGUUCUUGAAACAGAACAAUGCGCCUUUGCAAGCAAAUAUUUAUCCUUAUUUUGGUUAUAUUGGUGAUCCUGAACAUGUUCAACUCCCUUAUGCACUAUUCACACAAGAACAACCCGAUCCAUCGGGGUAUUCUAAUCUAUUUGAUGCUAUGUUGGAUUCAGUUUACUAUGCAAUUGACAAAGCUAUUGGUGAAAAUAACGUUGAGAUUGUUGUUUCUGAAAGUGGAUGGCCAUCUGACGGCGGUGUUGGAGCAAGUGUAGAAAAUGCUGCUACUUAUUAUAUGAAUUUGAUGGAUCAUGCGAAGUCAACUAAAGGAACUAUAUACAGGCCAGGAAAAACUAUAGAAACUUAUUUAUUUGCUAUGUUUGAUGAAAAUUUGAAGAUAGGUGCAGAGACUGAGAAACAUUUUGGAGUGUUUCUUCCUGAUAAAACACAAAAGUAUAAUCUUAGUUUCUAG